AUGGAUCAAGAUCUAUCUUCCACUUCGCAGGUCACUAUUGACACCCGCCGUUCUAAAAGACCAGGCCCAAUCCGCUUUUCCGAAGUCCUUCAGUUGAUUCCUGUCCUCAGCAGCAAGGGUAACUUCCGCCUGUGGUCCCGAUCCCUCAGGCGCGCUCUUGACUCACAGAACACGGAAUACUGGUACAUUCUCAACGAGGGACCCGAGCACACAUGUCAGUGGGAAGAGAGAACCCGGGUGAGCUGCACCCUUCUCGCUCUUGUUGGUGCCAGAGUCGACGAAGAGCUGCAGUCAGUCAUCGCCACUGCUCACACCCCUCGUGCUGCCUGGGAACUCCUCAAGGAUCAUUUCACCGAGACAGAUUCCCACAAAGCCCAUCCUAAGUACGUCCAAUGGAUCAAAUGUACUUACGACAUUUCAAUGAGUACCCAGGAGUUCGUCGACAAGUGGCGUCUCGCCUUGAAAGAGGUGGUCGAAGUGUCUGGAACCGGCUAUCUCCCGUACCAUAUCCGAAUCCAUCAGUUUUUCGCUGCUGUUGACAUCAAUCCAGCUGUCGCUAAGUGGAACGCGUCUUUCAAGAUUGAUCCAACUUGGUCCGGCUCUCAGGCUCUUGACAACGCUUUCGUUCAUUUUAUCGGUUUUGAGAAACUUCGCCUUCCCAAUGGCAACAAAGCUACUCGCAGAGAUCCCCACUUUGAUAUCGUGAUCAAGAAGAAGACCACUCUCUCGACUGCGAAAAAGACGGGUGCAAAGAGUCUGAAGAGAAAGGCAAGCCACAUUAUCUUUGACUAG